AUGCCGAAGAACAUAACAAGUGAAGUUCGCGAAAUAAUAUUAAAGGUAAAGGAGUUUAUGGACGAAGAAAAGCGUAUGCAAGUGCCGAUAAUACCGCUGAGUAAAGUAUAUGUAAGAGUUUCCGCCGCUACAGGUGUAUCUGAACGAACAGUUUUGAACAUAGUCAAGGAAGCAAGAUUGGUUGAACAAGGACUUUUGGAUCCAGAAACUUUAAAAAGACUCCAAAGAAGCGAGUGA